AUGCCCAUGCCCAUGCCCGCGCCCAUUGCCGACGCAGACUACUGCCGCCGCCUGCCCAAAGUCGAGCUCCACGCACACCUCAGCGGCAGCGUGACCCCUGCCGUCCUCCAACAGAUCUGGGCCGACCUCCCCGACCACGAACGUGUAUCCCUCCAACCACCUCUCGAAGCGCUCGCGGACCCAACUGGCGCACAGGGAAUCAACACCUUCUUCGCCCACUUCAACACGUACAUCUACCGUCUACUCUCGACACCCGAGUCGCUUGCGCGUGCGACGCGCGCCGUUCUAAUUGGCUUUGCGGAAGACGGGGUAGUCUAUCUCGAGCUGAGGACGACACCGCGCGCCCUUCCCAACGCGUCGCCUGAUACCGGAGUCCGCGUGGUCCUGGACGUGAUUGACGAGUGGAACCGGACCGAGAAGAUGGUUGUCCGACUCAUCCUCUCUGUGGAUCAGGCCAAACACGGCCCAAAGGAAGCCGAGGCGAUCGUAGACCUCGCCCUCAACCUAAGAGGCGAGGGCAAGCCUGUCGUAGGGCUAGACUUGUGUGGUGACCCAGCUGCAAGGGGGGAUAUCACAGCUCUCCGCCCAGCCUUUACGCGCGCACGCCAAGCAAGUCUCCCGUGCGUAUUGCAUUUUGCCGAGAUUCCAGCUGCGUCGAGCGUGGCCGAGUUGAACGAACUAUUGGAUUGGAAACCCAGGCGGCUGGGACAUGCGAUCCACGUUCCUCCCGAAGUUGUGGAGCGGAUCGAGCGUGAGAAUGUCGGCGUCGAGAUGUGCCUCUCGUGCAACGUCCUCGCUGGCAUGCUCCCGGAUACAGAGACGAGUCGGGGUAUCGCAGACCAUCAUUUUGGCGAGUGGUGGGGACGCAGCGUGCCGAUUUCUCUCGGGACCGACGAUAUUGGCGUGUUUGGGAGUAUUAGCUCGGAGGAGCAUGCGCACGCCGCGCGGCACUUUGGACUGGAGCGGCCUGACCUGCUCGAGCUUGGGCGGCGGGCCAUGGCCGGUGCGUUGGACGAGACGCAGCGCCCGAGGAUGGAGCAGUUGUUCCGGGAGUUUGCGGCCAACGAGGGCGUCGAAUGCCCAUGGCCAUAG